GGCAAGAUCUUGUGUUUCACGUACGCAUACACAAGGAUGAAGAAGGGUGGCGGGAAAGCCAGCGGGUGCUUCUUCUGCCUCGGCGCGCCGAUACGCGCGCUGUCGAGGGCGUGUGACCUCUACGUGAACUGCAUGUCCGGAUGCGCGCGCCGCAUGCCAGCGGGGGCGGUCGUGGGUGGUCGCGGCUUCGGCGGGCCGGCCACGUCCAUGCACCUGCGGGCGAGCUCGGAUCGUUCCGACGGCCUUGUCCGUGCCGCGUCGAAACAGCGCCGCGUCGCGCCCGAGCCAGCGGAGGUAGGGGCAGCGAAGAAGACGGUCCACCUUAGCCAGGCGCCGGCGGCCGUCCCGGCACGGAGGAAGGGCCCGGCGAUGGUGACCAUCGACGAGGACGCGCCGUGCGAGUUUGGCGCAUGCCCGCUGAAACGUCCAGAGCAGAGGAGUCGCGGCGCGGCGGUGGGCGGACUGGCCGCGCGCGGCGGUGGUUUUGGCGCCAUCAAGGUGGGGGGCGAGGCAUUCGAGAGCCGACCGUGACGCGUGCGUACAACACACGCGCAUGAUAAAACUUACAUCGAAAUUUCGACCGGUUCUCUCCCCCUCUUGAUUACUUCUUGUUGACAGAUUUCUUUUAAAAAGGAUACAAGAUUUAUUAUAAAAAUUACAUCGAAAUUUCGAAACCACCAAACGACCAUUUCUCUAUCUUUCCUCUAUCUCUAUCUCUAUCUCUACUAUCUAUCUUCUACUACCUAAAAGAACCGUAAGGUUCCGUUUCCCCUCUUACGUCGUUGUUUUCAUCCGCACCUCCCCACCCUUCGUAACCCCACGCGGCCACGCCCACCGAUUUUCGGCACCUAAUAAAUAGAUCAUGAAAACUGCCCUAAUUUUUGCUGCAGAUCAUGUCUGUAAAAAUCGUCCGUAGCAACGGAAGGAGACAUAAAUCUGUCCUUCCGUUCCUUACCUCCUUCCAUUUCUGUUUCUCUCCUACCAAAGUUUUCGCUCCUCCCAUGAUCUCGCAUUACUCACACAUUCCAUACGGAAUGACUGAGAUUGAUUCCAUCAAUCACAUGGCCCUUCCUGCCUUUCAUGUGUGCAUACCUACGUGAGAACCCAAGAUAAUUCUACCACCAUCAAACGCACGAUCGAGUAUCUUGGCUCGUGUCUAUCGUGCUCGCCACGCCCCGGUGAAUCCCGCACAUCUUGCAGCUCUGGAUUGGUUGGCGUCCCCGGGGCGCCGU